AAAACACCUCACUUACAAUAAUCAAGUGGCAUUUUAGACGCGGGAAUCCGCCACUCACUCCAACUCUCGACUAGCGUUAGCCCCAUGUCUUCUCUGUUGGGUGACGUGGCCAUUGAGGUGGUGGCAGCGGCAUCACUAGCCGCCGUUGCGUCUGUCGCGGCCAUGGGUGCGCACUGCACCAAGCGCCAACACGGUCCUGAGGAAUCCUCACUCCCCGCGCGCAAGAAGCGUCGCCAGAAGAAGAAGAACGCCGCGCAGCAGAAACACCCGGCAAUUGUGGCCAAUGGCGUUGCCAUCAACACGGAGCCCGUGGUUGCUGAGCUUAAGCGUCGCGCUGCGUCCGCCAAGUGGCGCCACAAGCUCGUCUACACCUUCUUGGACGAUCUGGGCCGUGAGACUGUCAACUUGAGCUUCGAAGACGUGGACCGCGCGGCACGUAAAGUGGCCGCUGCGCUGCAGCGCGACGCUCACGUAGUUAAAGGCGACCGCGUGAUGCUAUGCUUCCCUCCUGGUCUCGACUUCGCUCUGGCCUUCUGGGGUUGCCUAUACGCCGGCGUCGUGGGUAUCCCCGUGUACCCGCCGUAUCCGGGCACUUUGGCCAAAGAUCUCCCCAAGUUCAACCGGUUGGUGGAGGACUCUGGGGCUGCGGUUGUGCUGACGAACACGACGUAUCAUCUUGCCAGCAAGAUGGCUACAGUGAAAGGCUACUUCUCCACGUCCAGGACGUCGUGGCCCGCCAACUUGCAGUGGAUCACCACGGACAGUCUGCCGGAUUCUCUAGUCGCGCAAUACGACGAAGAAGACGCUCUGUCAUUAACAGCGAAUGACGUGGCAUUCUUCCAGUAUAGCUCCGGAUCCACCUCCGCUCCUAAAGCUGUCAUGAUCUCUCACGGCAAUUUGAGAGCUCAAUUGAAGACGUGGGAGAGCAUCGAGCCCACAGACACGAUGGUGAGUUGGCUGCCGAGUUACCAUGACAUGGGCCUGGUUGGAUUUAUCAUUACCCCUUGCGUCACUGCUGCGCGGUGCGUUAGUAUGUCUCCUAUCAGCUUCAUUAAAGACCCGGCGUUGUGGAUGCGUACAGCCAGUAAGUACAAGGCCACGCACGUGUGUGCCCCCAAUUUCGGCUAUGCACUAGCAGCCAGAAAGACCAGCGACAAGCAGGCGGCGGCGAUGGAUCUGAGUACGUUAAAGCAGACAAUCUGUGCUGCUGAGCCUAUUCGUCGUGAGUCUCUAGAGGCAUUUACAUCCAAGUUCAGUGCGUCUGGUUUUGAUCCCAAUACGUUCAACUGUGGCUACGGAUUGGCGGAAGUCACGUUGGUGUGCACGGGACAAGAACCGCCUCAGAAACCGACGCUAUUGGACGUUAACAAGCGCGUGCUGGAGACUGAGCGCAAGGCCGCUGUUGUGAGCUCCAAGAAGAGCAAGAAACCUGCUUCCAAUGAGGUGAUGCAGCUUGUAGGCUGUGGCAAAGCCAUGCCGACGUUUAGUGUCUCUAUUGUCAAUCCGGAUACCAAGAAGCUAUUGGACGAGCUGCAGGUCGGAGAGGUGUGGGUACAGGGCCCGUCAGUGGCUGUUGGAUAUUGGAACCGACCCGAGUAUACCGAGGAGAUGUUCCGUGCUCAGCUUGCAGGCGAGAAGGACGCGAACAACACGUACUUACGGACUGGAGACAUGGGUUUCUUGCGCAAGGGCGAGCUCUUUGUCACUGGCCGACUCAAGGAUCUGAUCAUCAUUCGUGGCCGGAAUGUAUGUCCUCAGGACGUGGAAGCUUCUGUUGAGCAUGCGCACGAGAAUGUUCGCCCCGGUUGCACGGCUGCGUUUUCGAUUGAAAAAGGCGACGAGGAAGCGCUGGUGGUGGUCACGGAAGUCAAGAACGGAUCUUCGCAGGAAACGUUGGAGGAGAUUUGUCGGGAGAUUAUCAAGACGGUGUUGUCUGAGCACCAGCUGAAGUGUGAAGCCAUCGUGCUGCUGCGUCAGAAGACGAUCCCCAAAACCACGAGUGGAAAGAUCCAGCGUAGUGCCUCGAAGGCUCAUUUCCUGGAUGGAACGCUUGUUAAGCCGCUGUUCGAGUACAGAGCGAAAGCUGGCAACGCUCCAGUUGCUUCUACCCCAACCAAGCGGAAGGAGAAGACUACUACCAAACCCUCUGGAGAGUUGAAGACACCGGAUGAGAUCCUCGCGUGGUUAUUGGAGCAUGUGGCACAGGAGAUGGAAAUGCCGACGGGAGAAUCGUCGGACGGCCAGAAGACGACGACCAACGCUGCUGAGAUCGACCCGAACACGCCGUGGGCCAUGUUUGGUAUGGAUUCCGUGGCGAUUGUUGGCCUGUCGUCGGAUCUGGGCGAGUUCCUGGGGUGUAUCGUGUCUCCUUCGGCGUUUUUCCAGUACGACACGCCGCUCAAGCUCGCGAAUGCCCCCGGAUUGACAACUGGAGAUCUGGCUGGCGACCAGGAGGGCGACGACCAAGGCGACGUCCAGACUGCCACUACAGUUGAGGAGAUCGACUCGAGUUGCUUUGAGAUUGAGAAUUUCCCGGAAGUUCAGGGACUUUUCGGCCAGAUGAAGGAGUUCGAGAGCGCUGGACUGCGUGUGCCCUUCCUGGAGACGCUGACGCCUGAGAAGCGUCGUAUGACCAAUUUCAACACGUACAACUAUCUGGGCAAUGCGUCGGACCCCGAGGUUGCUGCUGCUUCGAAGGCAGGAAUCGAGGAGUACGGCACAACGAUGAGUUCGUCGCCAAUUGUGGGACAGACCCAGGUGAAUGUGGACUUGGAGAAGGCGCUUUGUACGUUCUUUAAGGCUGAUGCGAGCAUUCUCUUCGUCGGUGGUUGGGUGUCCAAUGUGACGACCAUCGAUGCACUGGUGUCCAAGGGCGAUCUGAUUCUGUGUGACGCACUUAAUCACGACUCCUGUGUGAGUGGCCAACGUCUCAGUGGCGCUACUAUCCUGCCGUUCCCGCACAAUGACACCAAGGCACUUGAACGGAUGCUGUCCAAGCUCCGUACCAAGUACCGUCGUGUUCUUAUUGUCAUUGAAGGCGUGUACAGCAUGGACGGCGACAUCCCGAACGUCAAUGAGAUGAUCCGCAUCAAGAAGAAGUACAAGGCUCUGCUCUUCAUUGACGAAGCUCACUCGUUCGGUACGAUGGGUGCUACGGGUCGUGGUAUUUGUGAACACGCCAAUGUGGACCCCAAGGACAUUGAUGUACGUAUGGGCACGAUGAGCAAGGCGCUGGGAUCGGUUGGUGGCUUCAUCCUGGGCUCAAAGUCGCUGGUUAAAUACCUCAAGCACUGUGCUGGUGGCUUCGUCUUUUCAGUUGGUUUGGCUCCAGCUUGUGGCUCGGCUGCGUUGAAAUCUGUGCAGCUGAUGACGGAGAGCUCGUCGCGUACGACUACUCUGCAGGAGCGUAGUAUGUUCUUCUACGACCUGUGCAAGGAGCACAAGAUCCCGAUGGGGGAGAGCACCUUCCGCGGUGCACCUGUGGUCGUGGUGAUGAUUGGUAGCACCAUUGCCACUGCUAAAGCCUCCGAGUACUUGACUCUGCACAAGAUUAAUGUCAAGCCUAUUGUGUACCCUGCUGUGGAGGAAGGGAAAUGCCGUCUGCGCUUCUUCAUCUCGGCGCUGCACACGCACAAGCAGUUGGAGGAGACUGUCCUCACUUUGAAGACGUAUCUCCGUGAGGGCUUUGUGGAGAGCAAGACGAUCGCUGCAGAGUCGAACGUUGCUAAGACGAGUGAGAAUGAGGGAUUCAGGACUGUCAAGAAGCGCAAGUCGAAGAAGAAAAAGGGCAAAACCAAGUCGACCGCGCUGUAGAGUUGAGAGGAGCAGGGUAGAUACAGAGUAGUACGUGUUCCGCUGUUAUAGUUAAGAGUACAUGCAGGCUUUUGACUCGCGAUAAUGCUGCGCAAUUCUUCGACCGCGUGCUCUACUGUACCAGACCUAUUCAGGUUGCUGGAGUAAUGCUGACUACAACUUCUAAUUCUCUCAAACCUACGCAUAUUACGACGUGAAAAGCCAACAUUUCAAAUUCGGAAUCUGAAAAAAC